UCUUUAAGAAAGUUGGAACAUGUUAAACAUCAGGAGGCUAUUUUAGGUGGGCUGAACCGUCGUCAAAGAAACUUAGGCAACAGCGACAUCACCAAACUUCUGGACGAAUUAGACAAUGAGACAGAAGCCAUUAAGAGUGGUCAGGAGAUUGGCGAGGAGCUUUUAAGUGCCAAAAUCCAAACAAAAAAGGGCGACGAAAAAUUGUACCAAGCAAAUGACAGCUUUUCACAAGGUUGGCUUAAAAUUUUAAAUGCUGUUAAUUCAAAAGAAACAGGGACUACGGGAGACGCGAAGACGAAUCAUCUUAGUGACAAAUAAUUGUUUUAAAAUCAGGUGUAAGUCGAGGUUGUAAUCAGAAGCUCGUAGCCAGCGAAAUGUCCUGAUUAGGAUUUUGCAAGUUGUGGAUGUCAGAUUUAGACUCAGUCACUUACAAUCUAGUGUAAUCAGAUUAUCAGUGUCGCAAGAAGAAGUAGAAAGACAAAACCAACCACGACAACACGUGGGAAGGUACAUUGCUUUAACUCAUUCUACCGCUUCUGCUUCUGACUCCAACAAUCAUAGAGGAUCGAGUUCGUUCGGAUUCUUGGGACUCCCGGCUCAACUCCGAUCCCGACGUUAAUAGAAACCAGUCUUUAGAGUUGCGAAAGUUAUGAUGGAGUUUCUAACGUUUAUUUGGCACAAACGAUUCAAGAUAAAUAAUAGAUAGACCUUAUGCAUUUACGUAAAAGGAAAGCAACGAUUCAUAUCAUUAAUGUUUGGUGUGUUUUUGAAACCGAGUAGUGUUGUAAAGAGGAAUUUUUUAAAUAUGUUUUCUAAUCAUUUGACUUUACAUGUACUUCCUAUCAUACAUAAAAUAUGCGGGCAACUCACGACUAUCUUGGUAACUUUAUACCAGACAUGUUACCAGCCAAGCGUUAUGAUUCAGACAACUUUUCAAGGGAAAUAUUAUGCACUAUAAUAGUUGUGUAUCUUUUAAUCAAUUUUGAAAGAUUUAGUAAAUAUUACUGAAAUGUUUAUUGGUGUCGAAUAAGACAAAAGAAACAUACUCACCGUGUUCCCUUUAUCUUUAGGAUAUUUUCAAAACGAUAGCAACAAACCCAAUGAAGAAGAAGUAACAGGUAUUCAAUCUGCAAUCAUGUUAACGUGCAUGAACUCUAUAGAACACUUCAUAAGAGCUGUUGUCGUUGCUGUAGCUUCAAGUCAAAUAUCUUCUUUAGCUUAGUUGGAAAAUUGUCAGAAUAGACCUUUCCACGGGUUUUUCAAAUUUCAGUUUGACAUGGACAAGUUAGGGAAAACCCGUCAACUCCGGUGGAAAGAGAGCCUUUAAAUUAGCAAGAAUAUUACCAAGGUUGAAAGUGAUAUUGAAAACCAACGAAGAUACAGCUCCUCAAAGUCGCGAAUUUUUACAGACGUUUGUAUGGUGGGGGGCAGAAACGUGGAUUUUCCCUAAUUGGUCAGUGUCAAAAGUUGAAAAAAAAAACAAGGAACGGUCUAUUCUUCAGCCGCUAAACUAAGUAGAAAGAAUAAUUCUUGCGCUCAGCUUAAGUUUUCCGUUACAUUAUUUGAAUAUCGUGUUCUUCGUAAUCCUUCUUGGUAUCCCAGCGGCAACUAAGAAAUCAAUGGACUGACUAGGUCAUGUACCCCUUGCGUUGCACAGACAAGUACAAUACGUUGCCCAGUAUCCGGCCGGUACCAGUAUCUGGCCACUUAAAACAAAAAUUCAGUUUGCGCGGCCUUUUUAGCCCUCGGUAAACAAAGUAUUUUGAAUGAAAGCUCAUAGGCGUACUGGCAAUUUUUCUGCAAGGGGUGGGGGGGGGGCGGCUGCGGUAAACAAUUUGCCCAAAAAGUGCUCGCAUGUUGCCCAAAUUUUUACGAAACAGUCGAAAAGAAACGAAGGUCCGAUAUUACGAUGUAUCAACAUAGGCCUACAUGUGUAGUGAAAAUAUUCUUACAUAUAAAUCUGUCCUAUGAGCUCAUAAAACACGUUAACAGCAGUCUUUGCCGUUUGACAGCCGAAGAUAUGAAUGAUACGAUCCAUGUCAUUGUUGACUACAGAGUUCCCAUAUACCUUUCAUUGUUAAUUAGUGCGAGAUUACUGACACGUCGUUGCCCCAUGGUGGCGGUGGAGGUAGGUUUUUUAUCUGCGCAACGCACUGAAUGAUCAUUCUGCAGAACGCAAUGCAAUGUAGCAGGUAUCAUUCCAAAGAUAUGUACCACAUUAGAAAACGCUGGAAACAUAUCAAAUAGAUCAUUCUCGUGCAUUGUGUUUCACUGUGACAGAUGUUUCCCAAAGCACAGAGUAUUCAUUGAUCAUUUCCGCUAAACCUGAGCUCAAACUCGGACAACACUUUAUCGAUGGACGCAUAGUAAAUGUUAAUACGGUGGUUAGCCUGCGCCACAGACGACACUCAAUUCUGGUUAAGUCGGUCUGUGAAACACCCUUGGGCCUCCACUUGUGUACCAGGAUUUGAGUACGCGCCAUGAUUGGCCUUUUGAAAAAGCCAUUGUCGAUUUGCCAAUCAAGACGAAAGGAAAUUUGAAACCCACUUCCGGUAAUUCGUUGAGUCCGUUGGGGGGCCAAAAGAAGGAUAUCGGCGCUGCUUCGCGGUGUUAGCUGCGUUUGUCUUUGCGCGUGUUCACCUACAAGGGCUUGAAGGCAGUGCGAUGGCGAUUGUCUGAGUGCCCUAGCUUCUCGUAAUUCAAACUGAGAAUUGGUCAGUCACCUCUUCAUUUCAAGACCCAUUGCUGAUGCUAUCUGCCAUACGCUGUUCAAACUUUCUUCACCCUACUGUCUCGUGUGAAUUUAACUGGAUUUACCACGUCGACUUCAGGUUAAAAUAGAAAAUAUCCAUCUCUUCGAAAUAAUAAAAAAGAAACAUGGAGACUUCUUUGAAAACUGGUUUGCCCAAAUUUCUUUUGCCGCCCAAAAAAUCUGAGUUGCCCAAAAUUUGAGAGGGGGAGGGCUCCCCUCGCAACCCCCCCAGCUCAUACGCCUAUGUGAAAGCUGAACAUUUCACCUUUAAAAUGAACGUUUUGGCGGGUUUACAGCUUGCGAGAAAGUUGCAGAGGGCGCCGUUCUGUUCAGGUGAGUAAACUUUUCAUAAAACUAGUGAUAUUAAAAAAAGGGUUGAUAAUAUGGGAUAUCUUUAAAGAAACUGUUGUAUAUUUAAAGUGAAGAUACUUAAAGAAGUCAGGAUGUCAGAAAAUUAUUAAUUCUUCUUGAAAUUUAAUUUGUUUGGAAUAACGAAGGCAAGAAACAUUCACUAAGUAUUGACGUCAGGUGCCCAGUAUCUGGACAGUUUGUCUUUACUGUGUAGAAUCGAUGAAUUAACUGCGUACAUUAUCCGGAUAAGAUUUCUUUCAUAUCUAUAACUAUAAUCAAAGCUUAGGGUUUAUAAUAUAAUCUGUAUAAUGUAAUUCUACUCAACUCCUUAUGGAAAUUUUCGUCACUCAUUCAGAGGCGACUUGAUUUCGUGUUCACGGCUUGUUUCGCGUGACUGCAUUUUUUUAUAUAUAACCGGGAACGUCGGAGCUGAACCGGGAUUCUCAUACAAAUCCCCAGUUGUGACUGCUAAAUGGGGUUGCGACAGUCUGAAAAAUUUCUCAAAAGGACCGAGAGACUUGAAAGAAGGAGGAAUUAGUGCUAGAAAAACGGCCCAAAUGUGGGGACUGAACAUGAAGAAAUCAACACUGCAGGUCAGACUAAAUGCGAAAGUGAGUGGUUUUUCCCGACCACAUCCCAGGCAUAUACUAGUCAUUUGUCAUGUUUUGUCUCACGAUAUCUUUGGAAUCCAUUGCCAGACUUUUUUGCAAGCGCAAGAAAAGUCGAUAAAGAUAAGUCGCUUGCCUGCCGAAAUUUAUGUAUAAUUACGGUGUAUUGUUGUGGCCGGAUACUGGACAACAACGGAGCUCUGCAAAAAUAUUAAUUUCGCGAUGGGAACGAACGCAAAAAUAUUAAACUGUCUUUCAUCACAUUAAGCACUAAAUAGAUUGUCUCUGGGCCAAAUUUCAGAACUCUCGGGACUAAGAAAGGAAAGUUAUUGCAAUGUUAAACUGAAGUGGCCGGUUACCGGGCAACAUACUGUGAUUAUUAACGCUGAUGUACUUCAAGUUCUCUACAAGAAGGUUGUUUGGCUGAAAGACUUCUUGAAAAAACCUGAAAAUCAUAUCUAUUUUAACCUCUCGUUGGGAAGAAAACAAUACAUAAUAACAUACAUCUCACUACAUUUUAUCCUUAUCAAUAUAUCAAAGUUACAUAUACAUAAAAACGAUCAUAAAUUCUGAGAAGAACUACUCGUUUGGGGAGUUUUCGUUCAUUUAUUUAUCAUUUUGUUUUUGUUUAUCUGUUUCCUGACGUAACCACUCGAACUGUUCGGUAAUCGAACUUUAUCGAACUUUAUCGAGCUUAAUCGAACACACUCGAGCCAAAAAAUGUCCAUGAGAGUUCGAUUAAGUUCGUUUUCCGAACUCAAUCGAGCCAAUCGAACUUAUUAUAACCGAACGUUCUAAACCAACACUCAAAAUAGACAAGGAUUUUGAAAAGUCAGAGAAUCAGGAAAGCAGCAAACAAAUCACCGGGAAAUCAGCAAAAAGCCAAAAAAGAAUUAAUUGAAACGAACAAUAGAUUGACUUUACGAAAGUGGAGGAGAUCUGAACGUGCCGGUGCGAUUGACUGUGACGUUACCUACAAGGGACGCUGUAAUAUUAAAAAACUCUAUAACGAAGCAUAAUAUUAACUCUGUGAUUGAGGAGGUUGAUUAAAGGGACACAAAAAUAAAGUUAGGUUGAUUAAAGGGACACAAAAAUAAAGUUGUAUUACUUCAAUAUGGUCUUGUUCUUCCCGGGCUACCUCCUACCCAGGCGCGUUCUAGCCGAUUCGAGAGAGACUGGGAUUAUUAGGUAUCAUGCGUCGACGCUAAACGUUCCCAUGGUCCAUUCCGCGAUACUCCUUGAUGGCUCGUGCAGUUGCGUUUUCCGUUUUCCACACUUAAGACGCCUAGGAACGAGGCAGCUUCCCGGGUGUUCUUGUAUAUAUUUUCACUACAAAAAAUACACUACAGUGAUCCGCCCCAACCACUCCCGGAAUUUACUCAGUCGUAGUAAACCCCAGUAAAAGGAAACAUUUAGCAAAACAAGCAAUUUCCUUGUUUAACGCCCCAUUUUUAAUACAAUGAAUGCAAACUUCGACCAUCGCACCUAAUCGACAAGUUCGACUGGGUUCGAUUACUAAAUUUUUUUGGUGAGAGUUCGAUUGUGUUCGAUUAUCUAACUUAAUCGAACCAAAUCGUUCGAUUAAGUUUGAUUGAGUUCGAUUAAGUUCGAUUUAAAAAAAGGUUCGAGUGGUUAUGUCGGGCUAUUUUCACUUCUUUAUAUCUAAGAUAGCGCCUCACAAACAGUGAAAAUUACCGAUGCCCCAGUGUUGGAUGAUUCAAAUGGGAUUCCAGAAAAAACAACAGCUGUCGAGAGCGGUGCUUCUUAUCUGACUGGAAAACCUCUGUUGGUGUUAAACAAGGAUAAAAAAGAUGAUGUGCACAAGUGGUUCCUGUACUAUCCACUAUCCACCGAAUCAGACAAGCAAACGCCGUGA